AUGGCAGAAUUUUACGAGAAUGAUGAAGAUGUUCUUCAGAUGAUUCAACAAAUAAAAAAAAUAACAAAAGAAUCAAAAAGAAAGUUCGAAAAUGAGAUAGAUAAUUUAGUUGAAGAUACUAAAAUUAAUUUGAUAAAUAAUGUUAAUGAAGAAAAAAAUCUCAUUGAAAAAGAAAGAGAUGAAAAAUUAAAAAAAUUAAGGGAAAACAUCACAAAGCAUGAAAAAAAUAUAAAAGAAAAACAUAGAUUGUAUCAGAAAUUAAAAUCUGAAUUAGCAGAUGUAGCAAACAAUUAUAAAAAUAAAAUUAAGGACUUUUACAAAGAAACAGAAAAUUUUAUGAAAGCUUAUGAAAGUGAUAAAAAGAAAUUAGAAGAAUUAGAAGACGAAGAAUGGAAAGAACUAAAUAAUCAAUGUAUUGAAAUUUUAAAUAAAACAAAAUCUAAUAUGUGUGCUACUAAAGAUGAAACUAAUGAAAAACUUAGAAAAGCUUUAAAAUCAAUACUAUAA